CCCGGCGUCGUGUAAUAUAAUAGCCUUGUGUUUUACUUUAGGGAGUGUUAUGAUAAUAAUAUUCAUCGUUUUGAGCCCCGCCCAUUUUCUAAUUGACGCGCGCCAACAUUAUGUGAAGAUGCGGAAAGUGCUUGCUACUCCACGUGUUUACUGCGAGCGUCUCCUGUGGCUAGCCAGCCACGCCCACCUCAGAGUGAGGCCCCGCCCACUGGUGAGGGGAAGGAGCCUAAGUAUAGAUGUAGGUCAACCGUCUCACUUCACUCACCCUCACCUCCUCCAAGAAGAUGAGAUUCUUCCAGGGAUGGACAAGGCCGAGUUUGCACAGCGGAGAUCAAGACUAAUGGAGUUGGUUGCCAAUACCCACACUGGUAUGACGAAUCCUCAUCAUCUCGUCAUAAUCCCCGGGGCACCCACUCUCUACAUGUCACAGGAUGUCCCGUACCGGUUCCACCAGAACACAGACCUGUUCUACCUGACGGGGUUCCAGGAACCGGACUGCGUCCUUCUCCUUGAGACCAUUCCGCACUCCUCCCUCCCCAGCCACACGUCCACACUCUACGUCAGACCCAGAGACCCUCACAGGGAGCAGUGGGAUGGACCUCGCCCGGGGCCAGAGGGAACCGUUGACUUUACUGGAGUUGAUCAGGCAUACAACUUGGAUGAUUUGCCUGACCACUUAGAGAAGAGGUACAGUGGAGGAGAUUACUCCGUGUGGUACUACACCGAAAGUACCCCACACCCCGAGCAAGAUCAGUUGAUUACCUCCAGCCUCACUCGCUCCCCAAUCUCCAAGAUCAAAUCUGUACACAGUCCCAGUCACCAGCUACAAGAGCUGCGGCUCACCAAGUCUCCAGCUGAACUGGUCCUCAUGAGACGAGCUGCCGAUAUAGCCUGCCUUGCUUUCACUAAGGUUAAAUUGAGAAGUUACAGUGAUUUGAACCAAGAAAACAAAGAGGAAAAACUCACGUAAACUAAAAGGAAUGUUACGAACUGAACAGUAGCGCCCAGUGAUUAAUUUGGUGGCAGUUUCUAACUCUACUUACCCCUUGCUGCAACAAUCCCUUUAAUGAGGUGGUUUCGGACGUAGUGUUAGUAUUGGUGAUGUUCCACUGUAUGUGAACACACAGGCCAUGGAAGCUACCAGACCAGGUCUAAAUGAACACCAACUGGAGUCGGUGUUUGAGCACUCUGUGAAGAUGUCUGGAGCCCAGCGAAUGUCAUUCCCACCAGUGGUGGCUGGAGGACCGCGGGCCACUUGUCUUCAUUACAUCACUAACAACAGGGACCUCCUGGAAGGAGAAAUGGUUCUAGUGGACGCUGGAUGUCAGUAUUUCGGCUAUGUUAGUGACAUUACUAGAACGUGGCCGGUCUCGGGAAAGUUCACUCCUGCUCAGCGAGACCUGUAUCAACUGGUGCUGACGGUCAAACAAGAGUCUAUCGAGAUGUGCAGAGCUGGAGUUACUCUUAACUACCUCAAUUCACUGGCUGUGGAGAUGUUGGCUGAUGGACUCAUUGAUAUGGGACUAAUGUCUGAUAGACUCUCUCCUAUCGAUCUCUCUAAUACGAUGGGUAGACUAUUCCCCCACCAUCUGGGGCACUACCUGGGCCUGGACACCCACGACACGAUGCUGGUCGACAGAAACACAGAGCUGGAGCCGGGGAUGGUACUGACCAUCGAACCUGGUGUGUACCUCCCUCAGGACUACCAUCUUCAAGGCUCCUCGGCUGCCACUGCGCUGGCAGGAUGUGGGAUAAGACUGGAGGACAACGUGGCAGUAAAUGAAGACGGAAGAGAAGUUCUCAGCCACUCGUGUCCCCAGACUACAUCUGAACUGACUCGACUCAUUGGCACUAGACACCACUAAUAACAUCCACUCUCUGUGUAUUAUAUGAAUCACUAGUUGGGAAGUUAUGUGAGAUAUUUUCAAGCUCCAGCUUAUAAUAAUAUAGUUGCAUAGUACUUAUUAGCCCAAGUUC